GCUGGCGCCCCGACGCCGCUUAGCGGCCGCCUCUGGAGACACUCUGUCCCCGCCGCCCCCUGUCCUCCUGGCGGCGGCGGCGUGAGGCCGGCUGCGGGGACUGGGAGCCCCUUGGCCCUCCCCGCGGCGGCGGCCGCCAAUCCCCCGCUCCGGCGUGAGGGGCGGCCGCGAUGCGCUCGGCCUGAGGUGUCGCGGCCCUCGUCGCCUCCCACGGCUCUUCCAGCGGCGUCCGUGCGCCCCGGCGUCAUCCCGCGAGUGUCUCUGACGGGAGGGAAGAUGGCUGCACGGAGCUGGCAGGACGAGCUGGCCCAGCAGGCCGAGGAGGGCUCUGCCCGGCUGCGGGAGUUGCUCUCGGUCGGCCUAGGCUUUCUGCGCACCGAACUGGGCCUCGACCUGGGGCUGGAGCCGAAGCGGUACCCGGGCUGGGUGAUCCUGGUGGGCACCGGCGCGCUCGGGCUGCUGCUGCUCUUCCUGCUAGGCUACGGCUGGGCCGCGGCUUGCGCCGGCGCCCGCAAGAAGCGGAGGAGCCCGCCCCGCAAGCGGGAGGAGGCGGCCGCGUCGGCCCCGGCCCCCGAAGACCCAGCCCAACUGAAGACUCUCAGAAGCGACGAGCAAAAGAAGAAGAACCGGAAGAAGCUGCCAGAAAAGCCCAAACCAAAUGGACGUACUGUUGAAGUAGCUGAGGAUGAAGUUGUUAGAACUCCCCGAAGUAUAACAGCAAAGCAGCCACCAGAGACAGACAAGAAAAAUGAAAAGUCAAAGAAAAAUAAGAAGAAAUCAAAGUCAGAUGCUAAAGCAGUGCAGAACAGUUCCCGCCAUGAUGGAAAGGAAGUUGAUGAAGGAGCCUGGGAAACUAAAAUUAGUCACAGAGAGAAACGACAACAGCGUAAACGUGAUAAAGUGCUGACUGAUUCUGGUUCAUUGGAUUCAACUAUCCCUGGGAUAGAAAAUACCAUCACAGUUACCACCGAGCAACUUACAACUGCAUCAUUUCCUGUUGGUUCCAAGAAGAAUAAAGGUGAUUCUCAUCUAAAUGUUCAAGUUAGCAACUUUAAGUCUGGAAAAGGAGAUUCUGCACUUCAGGUUUCUUCAGGAUUAAAUGAAAAUCUUACUGUCAAUGGAGGAGGCUGGAGUGAAAAGUCUGUAAAACUCUCCUCACAGAUGAGUGCAGGUGAGGAGAAGUGGAACUCUGUUCCACCUGCUUCUGCAGGCAAGAGGAAAACAGAGCCAUCUGCUUGGACUCCAGACACUGCUGAUGCUAAUGCCAAUGGGAAAGACUGGGGAAGGAGCUGGAGUGAUCGUUCAAUAUUUUCUGGCAUUGCUGCUUGGUCUAGUGUGGCUAGGGGGAUGAGUGCCUCUCAACAGAACUCUGCUUCUUUUGCAUCUCUCACACUUAACUCUGCUGUCUCUGGGUCUACUGCUGAGCCAGUUUCUCAGUCUACCACUUCUGAUUAUCAGUGGGAUGUUAGCCGUAAUCAACCCUAUAUCGAUGAUGAAUGGUCUGGGUUAAAUGGUUUGUCUUCUGCUGAUCCCAGCUCAGACUGGAAUGCACCAGCAGAGGAGUGGGGGAACUGGGUAGAUGAAGAAAGAGCUUCCCUUUUGAAGUCCCAGGAACCAGUCCUCAAUGAUCAAAGGAUUUCAGAUGAUGAUAAAGAAAAAGGAGAGGGAGCUCUUCCAACUGGAAAAUCUAAAAAGAAAAAAAAGAAAAAGAAGAAGCAAGGUGAAGAUAACUCUCUCUCACAGGACACAGAAGAACUAGAAAAAGACAUUAGAGAAGAGCCUCCCCUGAAUACCUCCAAAGCCCGUCCAAAACAGGAGAGAGCUUUUUCCCUGAAGACCAUGAGCACUAGUGAUCCAGCUGAAGUACUGGUCAAAAAUAGCCAGCCUAUCAAGACUCUUCCACCUGCUAACUCUACCGAGCCAUCUGUUACCUUACCAAAAGGUGACUCUGACAAGAGCUCUUCCCAAGUGCCACCGAUGUUACAAGACACAGACAAACCCAAGUCAAAUGCUAAGCAAAAUAGUGUGCCUCCCUCGCAGACCAAGUCUGAAACUAACUGGGAAUCUCCAAAACAAAUAAAAAAGAAGAAAAAAGCCAGACGGGAAACGUGAAUUUUUUUUUCCUGAAUUGGACAUGUGUUUACAAACACUGUCUUGAAGAUUAUGCUGUUUAUGCAAUAAUUUGUGAACAUGUACAGAAUUUUAUAUAAAUUUAAACCAAUUUUUAAAACAAAACUGAACACAACUACCAUAAAAUGGAAUCAAAGGAACAUUAAUUUAUGAGAUUAAGAGGUCAACAGAAUACAUACUACAGUGCUGGAAGACACUUGGGAGAGUCUUUUCAAUUGAACAAGAAUGAUCUUCAUUGAAGAAUAUUAUCCUGGUUUUACUACAGUUCCCUGUUUACAACAGAUUGUGCCCUGUCUCUUCUGAGCUGAGGAAUAGUGGGUUCUGAUUAGAAAGAAGGCCGCCUAGAAACCAGUAGGCAGCUCCUUGGAUCUUAUGCACGAACUUAGAACAUUUGAAUCUGUUUUAUGCUUAAAUCAAAGUGCUUUGAUCAAAUGUGUAAUCUGCCAUAUCUUUACAUAUUUGUUGUAGCAGUUUGUAUUAAAAGAAUCACAAGUGCAAAUAAAAAGUCAUUUAUCAUUUGUUUAACUAAACUGUCUUGGUUUAGUUUACAGUUCUUAAAAAGUUCUGAAAACAUUGAAAAUGCAAUUGACAAACACUUGUAUGGCUUACAAAGUUAUUUUUGAUAGUCUUACAUUACUUGAAUUAUUCAAAAUAACAGUAUAUUUUAAAUUAAGAAAGGUAAACUAUACUAUUUGUUUGAUAUGUUUAAGGCUGAGACUAACAAAUAAUGCUCUUGUUUAUGAUUUGAAAACUUUCAGGCAAAAUCCAACUUAAUAUUUUUCCUUUCCCUAGCAGUUUUUUCAGUGUCAACUCUUAGUUGCUAGUAAUUUUUUUACUUUAAAAUGAAGUAAUUCACAAUUUUUGAGCAUAUGAUGAAGAAUGGAAAAGUAGUCAGACAGCUUUAAUUGAAAUUGUGGAGACCUCCAGUUAUCAGGAACACAUUUUUUUACUGCCUUAACCUGUAGUGCGUAGAAUAUGCAUCAAUUUCUUGAAGGGGAUUCAUGUUUUUAUAAGAAUUUUCAUGUAACUAUUGCAAUUGUGGUCAAAAAGGAACGUUUUCUGCUUGAAACUGUUGAUUUAAAUGAUGUGUGAUCUGUCACCAUUUUCAGGCACUGUGUGAUCUCUAGGAAACUGGCAGGCCUCUCUGUAACUGUUAAUAGUGCAUGCUUGGCCAUGUACACUGUAAAUAGCCUUUACCAAACGUGUUUGACAAGGACCAUGAUUAACAUCACCUUAGUGAAUUGUGAUAAAGAAAAAAGCCAUGAUUUAUUGACGUGAGUGGCUUGUUUUCAUGUGGCGCCGGGAAUGAACCUGUUUAAAAGCUAUAACCAAUGGUACUGAUCUAUCCAUCAAAAACUGUCUUUAUAUUUGACUGUAGUUUAAUAGUAUUUUCAGCUAGGAAAGCUAUAAGAUGUAAAAUGGCUUAGUUCUGCUGAAGACUGGCCUUAUUAAAGGACGGCUUUCCUCACAAGCGAUUAACAUUUUUUUUUUUUUAAAUCAGGUGUUAACAUCUGUUUCAGGAACAUGGCAGUGUGUUUACAUGUUGUCAGAAGUUUUGUUUGAAUGGGAUUUCUAAAUUAAUUGACUUGUUUAAAUAAAUUCAGAAAUGGA